GUGGCGCGCCGACCCAAGAAUGGAAGAUGAAGAUGGUCGCACUGCAUUACAUUAUGCAGCGAGAGUGCUAGGUGGAGGAAAGAAUCUGGAGAUGAUCCUUCAGAAAGAUGUUGAUUUCGAUUUGCAGGAUAUAUACGGUAAAACCCCAUUACACUACGCGGUAGUAGCAUAUGGUGGGGACAAUAACGUGAAGCUUCUCCUUGACAGAGGUGCAGAUCCUUGUGUUCGGAACAGAGAUGGAUGUACCCCAUUUCACCUUUCAGCAAGUGUUGUAAGGUCCGAGCUCACCUUGACCCGGCUUUUGGAGAAAGGUGCACACAUGAAUGCAACUGACAGAGAAGGCAGAACCCCGUUGCACCGUGCUGCCAAAGGUGGCUGCAAGGACAAUGUGAGGUUACUCAUACAGAGAGGUGCCUGUGUCGCUGCAGAAGAUGAAGAAGGUCGUUGCCCAUUACAUUAUGCAGUAAUGGAAGGUGGCGAGGAAAAGGUGAGGGUUCUCUUGAAGGAAGGGGCUGAUGCUUGUGCGAGAGAUAAAUAUGGCCGUACCCCAUUACACAUUGCCGCCAACCUAAGGCACUGUGACCCGAGGGUAAAGAUACUCGUUACAAAGAUACUCCUUGAGAAAGGCGCUGAUCCUUCUCUACCAGACAGUGAUGGUCUGACUCCAAAGGAUUACGCCCGAGAAUCAGGUAUUCAGUGUUUCCUAUGAGGUCAUUUCUGCCCGCCACUGCAUCAAAACACAUAUUUGUUCUGUGAAAAGAAAGGACAUAACGAAAAGAAGAAACCAAAAUGACAUUUUCUUAUUUACCAUCCAGCAUGUCCUGCGAACAAAUAUUUUUGGAUGUAAAAAUUGAGGUCAGAUCAUAUUUUUCACAGUUUCUUCCUGGAAUGAAUUAUUAUUUUGUAUAACUCCUCAGCUUCACAUAGAUUACAGAACGAUUUGUCAAUCUCAUUACAAACCAACUUGUGAAAUGUAGUACAGUGUAUACCUAUGGUGGAGAAAUUGUGUCAAGUGACAGUGACUCUGUGAUGUUCUAUUCAAUGAAACAUUUUUAAUGGAAAAUAUUA